CCGCAGCGUUAAUUAUUUCUAAUUCAAACGAAGCACCUUCUCAAAGAGGGCGUGAGUAGUAGGAGCUGCAGAGCAACAGUCAUAUCGAAAUACAAUUGUGAACAUCUAAAAGACAACGUUUCAAGAAAUUGCUAGCGUAGAAGUUGACAUCGCGGACGCGUUUCCAGUGCCCAGCCCCAGCCCCCUGUGUCUUUGGGACUGCCAGCGCAGUGCAUUUGGCUGCAGUAAAUUCGUGAAGCAUUGCACUGAAUACGGAAAACGGAUAUAAAUGUGUUUGUAAAUCGGAUCCAGUGAUUUCCCACCACAGAGCCAGAAUGAGGCAGCCCAAGUCCUCCUCCACAGAAGCGUCGUUCUUUUCGAUUCAGUUGUGCCUAUGCCUCCUCCUGCUGGCCAACAACAGCCUGAGAGCUGUGCAAGCAGAUGCCUUCACCGAUUACUUCUCCGACUAUGAAUGCAAUCAGCCGCUGAUGGAGAGGGCAGUGCUCACGGCCACUUCAUCGCUCGGUGAGCGGGGGCCAGAGAAGGCGCGAUUGAAUGGGAACGCUGCUUGGACACCAGUUGAGAAUACCUAUAACCACUUUCUAACACUCGAUCUGGGAGAGGCGAGCAUGGUGCGCAAAAUCGCCACCAUGGGACGCAUGCACACGGACGAGUUUGUGACGGAGUACAUUGUCCAGUACUCGGACGAUGGCGAGUUCUGGCGUUCGUAUGUGAAUCCCACAAGCGAGCCGCAGAUGUUCAAGGGCAAUUCCGAUGGCAAUUCCAUACACUACAACGUCUUCGAGGUGCCCAUCAUUGCCCAGUGGGUGAGGAUAAAUCCCACCCGCUGGCACGAUCGCAUAUCCAUGCGCACGGAGCUCUACGGCUGCGACUACAUCUCGGAGAACCUGUACUUCAAUGGCACAGGUCUCGUGCGCUAUGAUCUGCGCCGCGAUCCCAUCGCCUCGACGCGCGAGUCGAUUCGGUUCCGCUUCAAGACGGCCUUCGCCAACGGCGUGAUGAUGUACUCGCGCGGCACCCAGGGCGACUAUUAUGGCCUGCAGCUGAAGGACAACAAAAUGGUGCUGAAUCUGGACCUGGGAUCGGGCCUGAUGACCUCUCUGUCGGUGGGCAGCCUGCUGGACGACAAUGUGUGGCACGAUGUCGUGAUUUCGCGCAACCAGCGGGACAUCAUCUUCUCGGUGGACCGCGUCAUAGUGCGCGGCCGCAUCAAGGGCGAGUUCAGUCGCCUGAAUCUCAACCGGGAGCUGUAUCUGGGCGGCGUGCCCAACAUCCAGGAGGGUCUCAUCGUCCAGCAGAACUUCUCUGGAUGCUUCGAGAACAUCUACUUCAAUUCGACAAACUUCAUUCGGGGCAUGAAGGACAGCUACGAGCUGGGCGAGGCCUAUCUCUACCACAAGGUGAACACAAUCUACGCGUGCCCCGCGCCGCCGAUCUAUCCGGUGACCUUCACCACCCGCGGCUCCUUUGUGCGGCUCAAGGGCUACGAGAACUCGCAGCGUCUCAACGUUUCGUUCUACUUCCGCACAUACGAGGAGAGCGGCGUUAUGCUCCACCACGACUUCUACUCCGGAGGCUACAUCAAGGUCUUCCUCGAGUUCGGAAAGGUCAAGAUCGAUCUGAUGGCCAAGGACAGGCCCCGCAUCAUCCUCGACAACUACGACGAUCAGUUCAACGACGGCAAGUGGCACUCCUUUGUGCUCUCGAUCGAGCGGAAUCGCCUCAUCCUGAACAUUGAUCAGCGGCCGAUGACCACGACCAAGAACCUGCAGAUAGCCACUGGCGCGCUCUACUACAUAGCGGGUGGCAAGGAGAAGAACGGCUUUGUGGGCUGCAUGCGGCUCAUUUCGGUGGACGGCAACUACAAAUUGCCCCAGGACUGGGUUCAAGGAGAGGAGGUUUGUUGCGGCGACGAAGUUGUAGUCGAUGCCUGCCAAAUGAUUGAUCGCUGCAACCCGAAUCCGUGCCAGCACAAGGGUGUGUGCCACCAGAAUUCCAUGGAGUUUUUCUGCGACUGCGCCCACACGGGAUACGCGGGAGCCGUUUGUCAUACUUCGAACAAUCCAUUGUCCUGUCUGGCGCUCAAGAAUGUCCAACAUGUGCAGCAGCGGGUGAACCUCAAUCUAGAUGUGGAUGGCAGUGGUCCCCUGGAGCCCUUCCCCGUCACCUGCGAGUUCUAUUCGGAUGGUCGCGUCAUCACCACGCUGAGCCACAGUCAAGAGCACACCACCACAGUGGAUGGCUUCCAGGAGCCGGGCUCCUUCGAGCAAUCCAUUAUGUACGAUGCCAAUCUACUGCAGAUCGAGGCCCUGCUGAACCGCUCUCACAGCUGCUGGCAGCGUCUGAGCUACUCCUGCCGCUCCUCGCGACUCUUCAACUCCCCCUCUGAAGCUGGAAACUUCCGUCCGUUCUCUUGGUGGCUAUCGCGCCACAAUCAACCCAUGGACUACUGGGCUGGCGCGUUGCCAGGGUCGCGUAAGUGCGAGUGCGGCAUACUGGGAAAGUGCCACGACCCCACCAAGUGGUGCAACUGUGACUCCAACUCCCUGGAGUGGAUGGAGGAUGGCGGCGACAUACGCGAGAAGGAAUAUCUGCCAGUGCGGGCGGUGAAGUUCGGCGACACGGGCACCCCUCUGGACGAGAAACAGGGUCGCUAUACGCUCGGACCGCUGCGCUGCGAGGGCGACGAUCUGUUCAGCAAUGUGGUGACCUUCCGCAUUUCCGACGCCUCCAUUAACCUGCCACCCUUCGACAUGGGCCACUCUGGCGACAUUUACCUGGAGUUCCGCACCACGCAGGAGAACUCGGUUCUCUUCCACGCCACUGGCCCCACGGACUACAUCAAACUGAGUCUGAUCGGCGGCAACAAGCUGCAGUUCCAGUACCAGGCGGGCAGCGGGCCCCUCGGUGUGAAUGUCGGGACCAGCUAUCACCUAAACGACAACAACUGGCACACGGUGAGUGUGGAGCGCAACAGAAAGGAGGCUCGUCUGGUGGUGGACGGAUCCAUAAAGGCGGAGGUUCGUGAACCGCCGGGCCCAGUGCGCGCCCUUCAUCUGACCUCCGAUCUGGUCAUUGGAGCCACCACAGAGUAUCGAGAUGGGUAUGUGGGCUGCAUCCGCGCCCUGCUGCUCAACGGAAAGAUGGUGGACCUCAAGGAGCACUCCAAGCGGGGACUGUAUGGCAUCAGCUCUGGGUGUGUGGGUCGCUGUGAGUCGAGUCCAUGUCUCAACAAUGGCACCUGCAUCGAGCGCUACGAUGGCUACAGCUGCGACUGCCGUUGGAGCGCAUUCAAAGGACCCAUUUGCGCAGAUGAGAUUGGUGUCAACCUGCGUUCCAGCUCGAUCAUUCGCUACGAGUUCGAGGGCUCCUUCCGCUCCAGUAUUGCGGAGAACAUUCGCGUUGGCUUCACAACGACCAUUCCCAAAGGCUUCCUGCUGGGAUUCUCCUCAAAUUUGACUGGCGAAUAUUUGACCAUACAGAUUUCCAAUUCCGGUCACUUGCGCUGCGUCUUUGACUUUGGCUUCGAGCGGCAGGAGAUCAUCUUCCCCAAGAAGCACUUUGGGCUGGGCCAGUACCACGACAUGCGCUUCAUGCGCAAGAAUGGCGGAUCCACAGUGGUCCUGCAGGUGGACAACUACGAGCCCGUGGAGUACCACUUCGACAUCAAAGCCUCGGCCGAUGCCCAGUUCAACAACAUCCAGUACAUGUACAUUGGCAAGAACGAGUCCAUGACCGAUGGCUUCGUCGGCUGUGUCUCCCGAGUGCAGUUCGAUGACAUUUAUCCGCUCAAGCUGAUGUUCCAGCAGAAUCCACCGAAAAAUGUCAGGUCCAUGGGCACACAACUGACUGAAGACUUUUGCGGCGUUGAGCCAGUGACGCAUCCGCCCAUCGAAAUCGAGACCCGACCACCACCUCUGGUUGAUGAGGAAAAGCUGCGCAAGGCCUACAAUGAGGUGAACUCUGUGCUGCUGGCAUGUCUGCUCGUGAUUCUGUUCCUGUUGCUGAUACUCAUGUUCUUCCUCAUCGGCCGGUAUCUGCACCGCCACAAGGGCGACUAUUUGACGCACGAGGAUCAUGGAGCCGAUGGCGCCGACGAUCCCGAUGACGCAGUCCUCCACUCGACCACUGGCCACCAAGUCAGAAAGCGAACAGAGAUCUUCAUCUAAUCCAGUCGCAAGAAUACACACAAAUACAUUAUUAUUAUUUUUUUUUUUCAAAUCGCCUUAGACAAGCAGAAGACUCACCAAAAAGAAAAGAUAUAAAGAUCGUAAUGAAAAAUCAAAGGAAUACGCGGAGAAUUCUCGCCGAAAACUGGAUUGAGACUUUUCCACGCACUGCCAGUUUUGUAUUUGAUUUGUAUUUUGUUUGCAGCCGGUUAUUUAUGUUUUAUUCUUCGGUUGUUUGACGGCACCUUACCCUUACCCUUACACCACUCUCACUUUUGGAACACUCUCAAUAGUCAGAAAACCGUCCAUUUUUUUUAGUUAAUUUUAUGAACACAUUUUUGUUUGCGAAAUUAAGUUUAAAACUUGUAUUUUAAGUUUACCGAAACCAGCCACUUUUUGAUAGUAUGACGAGUAUGGCGAGUAUACAUACAUACAUAUAAAGAUGAACAUUCCAUUACUUUUAAUAUGUUUUGUUCUAAUGUAUAAUUAAAUAUGUCUUCUAAUUUACACACAAAAGAACACGUGAAUCGAAUCGUUUUGUGGCUAAACAAAUCAGCUACUUUAAAAAAAAAAAAAUCGAAAGGCAAAUUGUAUUUUUGGAAAAUGCAGUUUAAACGUCUUAAACUUUGAAUUUGCAAAAAUCUAGAUUAUAGAACUAUAUUAUAUACAUAAAAAAAAAACAAAAACAAAAA